AUGGUGGGUCAAACCCAGCCUUCGGUGACGUAUAAACAAACGAAUGGGGAUAAGAACAAAAUUCCUUUCUGGUACACCGCGUUUCAUUUUGUUGAGUGGGGUUUGCUCAGGAAGGAUGAGAGGAAGGAAAAGAUUGAUGCACUGAUGCGCGCAAAGAAAUUUGGACUUGGAAAUGGCUUUCAAUCUGGAUGGACGACAUAUAAAACUUACGAUCCCGAGGAGGGAGAAGAGGAAUACAGGAACAGUAAAAUCGAAGGCGCGUUUUCUAAUGCGUAUAUACUCGCAAGUUUGCCGGAGAACGUACUUCCAAUUGAUCAACGGAACGAAAACGGAGAUAAAAAAUGGAUUAACAUUUUUCGCAAUAUGAAAACUAGAAACAUAGAUUCACAAAUAAAUAUGAUUCCUUGGGCAAACUUACCGGAAGCGUAUGCGAGUGCCGCGUGGUUCAACAAGGAUAACACUUUGGCGGCUUUCGGCCUAGGAACAGAAGAACAAAAGGUGGCGUUCAAAGAGAGGAAAAAAGAGAGAGUUGCUAAAGUUGGGCAAGCAGUUGGGCAAGCAAGAAGAGCAAAACAAGAAGAUUUGAACAAAUUGCCGGCGGGUCCGAGGAUCGUGGAUCCGAGGCUGAAAAAGGAGGAGGAGAAUGUUUAUCACGCGAUGUGUCUCCCGUUUUACUGUUCAUGCACAAACGUCUCAUGGAACAAAAACAAGACUUGUCGAAGUAUCGAUGGCGAGUUUGACGGAAAAGCAUGUAGUUACGGAGUCUACUCUGUGGUGGAUGGACGUACGGGGUGCUCAGUCUCACCUUAUGUCGAGUUGACGGAAGAAAAAGUCAAAAAUUUGGUCAACUUUAAGUGCUUGUUCAUCGAGUGCAAAUGUGAGUUAGGAGAUAACUGUCGAUGCGAGACGAUUGUGAACGGGAAGAGAGGCGGCUAUAUGAGCGAAGUUUGGUUGAAUAGAAUUACGGAAGAUCGAGUUCGAAAUUGCACGGAGGAUUCGUUGGAGACGAUGAUGAACGCCAAGUGCAAGUUCAUCGAGUGUAAGUGCAACAGAGGAAAGGAAAAAGGAGGCUGUCGAUGCACGGUACACCGAGGGGUUCUUCCGUUUGGUAGACAGAGAGGAGGUUGGGCGAGCAGUACGUGGUUUGACUCCGAGACGGAGGAACAAGUUUACUCUUUUAACAAGGAGACGUUGAAGACGAUCAUGAGCGGCAGGUGUUUAGAGAGAGAGUGCGAUAACUGUGGACGCAAAGGAUUUGCGAGUGGAAUUUAUAGACCGAGUCCUUUAACGAAAGGUAAGUUUUUUUGCAGAAGUUGCGCGGAAUUCGACGUGUUUGAAGACGAGAGGGGCUGUGGCAUUUGUUGUAGGCGUUUAUACGUGUGUAAGUUGUCGCCAGAACAAAUGAAAGACAACAUGAGAAGACACAAAAUAAAGGAGAAGUACAUGAAAAAGGUCGUAACCGCCCCGAAAACUUUGGAACGCGACGUGCACGAGUCUUGCUUUCGCAUCCUUCGAAACGACAUGAUCGAUCGAAAGGAAGAAAAGGAAAGAGAAAAGUGCAUGCGAAAAUUUGCAGGGAAAAACGGAGAAGACAUUGAGAAAAAUCUGGAUAAACUCGCUGACGAAUUUCAGAAAUUAAUCUAA